AUGGCUAUAAUUCACAAGAAUGUGAUAUUUAGACUCCAUCGAGUAUACAACAGGGGAGUUCUUGGAAUAUACUAUUUGUUGAUGAGCUUCGCUCUCCUUGUGGCGGUAACUGCAAAUGAAACGCCACAACAAAUAGUGACUAGAUACAAUAAUUACAAGGCAAUAUGUAAUGAAAUGGGUUUUGAAAGUGUGCGCUGUAAAGAUACAAUUGCUUUCCAAUCUUCACAAACCAAGACUCUGGAAAACAUGAAGAAACAAGAAACUGUGAUCUUUGAUAAGGUUUCGUUAAACGGAGGAAGCGCUUAUGAUUAUACUUCCGGAAUCUUUACAGCACCGAUGGAUGGAAUCUAUUCCUUUACGUGGUCAAUAAUAACAAAAUUUGCAUAUAAUUAUUCCGAUGGAAGGGGUCACGAUGGAUGGCUUACGUCAACCUCACAUGCUAACAUCAAAAUGAAGAAAGGCGAUUAAAUGUGGAUUAGAGUCCAAGUAGCCUGAGGGCAGUAUGCCCAUGGUGGAGAUUGGUGUUCUUUUUCUGGAGUAAAAUUGUAG